AUUGGAGAUCCCCAGUUUUUUAAUUGGAGGCUUGUAUAAAGUCCUCCACUGGGGUGCUCUACCAGCAAGUUUAUCUGUCCAUACACAUACUGAGCGGUUCUCGAGGUUUCUUUGAGGCAUUACUUUAGAGCAGACUCCAUAAACAGUUUUCUGGUCCAUAGUGAAUAAAACCAUCUUCUGUGGGUCCGGGCUAGAGACCAGACGUCCACUUUGCUCCGGGAAGUCAGAAUCCAGGAUCAGGCCAGGAAAGGAGUCCGUUGGGUCUGGUUGGCUUUGUCCCUCACAAACAUAUGAGAAUCCAUACAGGACAGAAGCCUUUCUGUUGUGAUCUAUGUGGAAAAAGCUUUAGCUCGAAAUCAAAUUUAAACACGCACAUGAUAAUCCAUACAGGAGAGAAGCCUUUCUGUUGUGAUCUAUGUGGAAAACGAUUUAGCGAUAAAUCCACUCUAAUCAAACACAUGAGAAUCCAUACAGAACAGCAGCCUUUCUGUUGUGAUCUAUGUGGAAAACAAUUUAGCGUUAUAUUAAAUUUAAACGCACACAUGAGAACCCAUACAGGAGAGAAGCCUUUCUGUUGUGCUCUAUGUGGAAAAAGUUUUAGUGAGAAAUCCACUCUAAACAAACAUAUGAGAAUCCAUACAGGACAGCAGCCUUUCUGUUGUGAUCUAUGUGGAAAAAGAUUUAGUGAGAAAUCCUCUCUAAACAAACAUAUGAGAACCCAUACAGGAGAGAAGCCUUUCUAUUGUGAUCUAUGCAAAAAAAGCUUUAGCUCCAAAUCAAAUUUAAGCAGUCACACGAGAAUCCAUACAGGAGAGAAGCCUUUCUGUUGAUUUCUGAUGAUUAAAACGUAGAAAAAUAAAAAUGU